UAUCAAUAUCGUGUGCAAAUAGACUGUUGAAAUAGACAUAGAAUAAAUGACCCGUCGUUAGACAAGCAGUUCCACUCAACUUAAAUGGCAUAUUUCUAAACUUAAACUUCAUCCUUUUACAUUGACAUUUUUUUUUUCUCGGAGUACUGUGUGUUGUGUGUAACUGUUCCAGGGACGGCAAAAGCCUUGUGUUUUUCUACGCAAAUUUCCACCUGCAGGUUGGCCUUUUCAUUGGUUGAAACCACAGUCAGAUUCCCCUGCGAAAUUAUCUGAUUGAAAAUCAGGGAGGGGAGAAAAAGAAAGAGCAACAAGUGUGAUGGUUUUACGCUGCUUUGCUUUCCCGACUUUUAGGAAAGGAUUUUGCGACGCAUUUUCCUCCGCCGAGCCGUUUCACAAAGAACAAGGAAAUUAUUUGUAUUACUGCAACUUUAGUUUCGACGGGCGCCUUUUCAGUUAACGGAGGGGCGUACAGGAUCAAUAUGCCCCGAUCAUUUCUGGUAAAAAACAAAAGGUGCACGUCCUAUAACGUUCACCGGUCAUAUGAAGAUGAGCCAAAGGCCCCCGUGAAUACAGAGGACCCACCAGAGGUUCAGAGCACAGACUCUCCAGACAGGCCUCAGUCAGGGGGACGGUCUUCUCCUCUGGAUCAGCGAUUGUUUAAAAAGGAGGAGGGAGAGCUCGAAUGCCCCUUACCUGUUCACCCAGAUCCAGCUGUACCCCCCGUUGCUCCCACUCAGCCAUACUACCUAAAUGAGCCUCACAUGGCAGGAUUCCCUCCUUACUACAAGCCGUCAUACGCCUGGGAGCCUGUGCCGUCCUCGUACGAGCUCCAUCAGAUGAGUUUCAGCCCCACAGUUCUGCAGCACGCCAGCAGUCUGUACAGCAGCCACAUCAGCCGCAGUGCACAGCCUCAGCAGCCUCUGGACUGCAGCACGCACUACUCCCCCACCUCCAACACAUACCACUGUAUCACCUGUGAUAAGGUGUUCUCAACAUCCCACGGACUGGAGGUCCACGUCAGGAGGUCGCACAGUGGGACGAGACCUUUUGGCUGCAACAUCUGCAGGAAAACCUUUGGCCAUGCUGUCAGUCUGGAGCAACACAUGAAUGUCCACUCUCAGGAGAAAAGCUUCGAGUGCAAGAUGUGUGGCAAAUCAUUCAAGCGCUCGUCCACUCUGUCCACACACCUGCUCAUCCACUCAGACACAAGGCCUUACCCCUGUCAGUACUGUGGCAAGAGGUUCCACCAGAAGUCAGAUAUGAAGAAACACACGUACAUCCACACUGGUGAAAAGCCCCACAAAUGCCAAGUGUGCGGCAAAGCGUUCAGCCAGAGCUCCAACCUGAUAACCCACAGCAGGAAACACACAGGCUUCAAACCUUUUGGAUGUGACAUCUGUUCAAAGGGUUUCCAGCGAAAAGUGGAUCUCCGCAGACACCAUGAGAGCCAGCAUGGCUUGAAAUGAGCGUUAGAGCGUCAGCUUCAGAGGAGCAAGUGUUGUUUCUUUGUAAAAAAAAAAACAAGAAAGUGAUAUUGAUGUUAUAUAAAUAUGUUGUAUAUAUUGGAUGGCCAAGAAUGAGGAAACCCUGAAGUCACAUGCUAACUGAAUGUGAUUGAACCUUUUGUAUAAUGAAGAAGUUUAUGAGUGAAAUGUGUUACUUAAUAUAUUGGAAGUAAUGUCAAAGUGUGUUUGCAUAUGGAUGAAUGAGAGGGGUGCUGAUGUCAUAUGAAUUCAAAAUAUGCUUUUGGUUUUGAUAAAAACAGGUAGAACCUUAUUUCUUGUUUCAUAUAAUUUAUUUAUACUACUCUUGAGCAAUGUACUGUAGUUGCUGGCUGAAGUCUGUGUGUGAGCUGAUAAAUGCUUUCAACCGAAAUAAAGGGUGAACUGAAUAAGAAAAAGUUGUUGUUAGUCAGAAUCAG